AAAGGGCCAGCAACAAUGUGAUAGACAACACAGCCGCUCUGCUCUCUCAGCGUAGUAGUGGAUAUCUUCACAGUGACCAGAGAGCAGAGGCGAGCCAAAGCGAGCCGCAUGCUCGCUGUGCAACAAGGGGGACGGGAGCAAAAUGAACCACCGGAAAGCCGCAGCAGCAGCAUCCAUUGAGGACCCGUAACAGUAUUUGGAAGAUAGCUCUCUACUCCGCCCCCGCCUCUCCAUCUGUGCCACACACUUGUGUUGUUUCACAGUUACUGAAGCACACAUCCUGAUUGCUACCAGGGUCCUGUUAUAUCCUGGCAGACACAUGGACAGGGAGAAAUAAAACCGUCAGUUCAGGCCCUCCACCUGACCUCUGGGGUAAGUCCUAGCUGUGGGACUUGAUGUUGGUGGGCCCACAGAGCUGGCGUGCAUGUGAGAAAGAGGCAAUGAAGUCCAGUAUGAGGCACUGGCGGAGGCUGAUGCUGGUGGGAAUACUGGCCUGGGCUCUCUUCUUUCUCGCCCUCCUGUCAUAUUUCCUGGAUGCUCGUGUGGAUGAGCCCCUUACUUCUGCUGGUGCUUUACUCUCCCAGCACCCAGACACACGCCGUCUGACCUCCAUACAGGCCUCCCAUCAACAGCAUGCCGUGGUAAAGCUGACUUUGCCAUUAACUACAACGUAUCCCAGAGAUAAACCGGAGCUGGAGCCUCUUGUCAAGUCCGGGACCCCAGAGACCAGCCUGGAGAUGAGCCAGAACCCAAACAAUCUUCCUUACGCUGUUUAUGGCAGCCAGGAAGUAAGUCGCCAGGACUAUCUUGACCCACAGAGCCUGGCAGCCUGGUCUUCCUUUGGUACAGAAAAUGUGGGUUCUCACUCAGAUCCUGUAGUCCAGAGUCGUGAGCGACAGUCACAGACUGCAGACUAUCAGAACCACUUCAGCAACACUCAAUACCAAGGUGGCAGGGAGGAAGGUGAUGAAAAAGAAAAUGAAGAUCUGGGAAACAGAAGGAAGAACAGAGUACACAGUAUGGCCGGCGAUGACUUCUCUGAUCUGGAGGAAUUCUAUUUCUCCAAAUCCAUCUCGCUAAUAAAGCGGCUCUGGAAGGGUCGAGUGUCGGCAGGCAUGCUGAGUCUUCGACUGCAGCGUGCCAUGAAGGAAUACGUCAACUCCAACAAACACCAUGUUUCCUACAAGGGGAAUCGCAAGCCCGCUCAGAGUGCCAAGGAGCUGCUUUGUGAAUUGAAGAAUCAGGCCCGGCUGAGGACAGUAGACGGGUUGGAGCAACCCUUCUCUUCACUUGGCUGGGCUCGUCUGGUGCCAUCCCUUCCCCUGGAGCAGCUGUACAAAAAGGAGAACAGGAGAAGCUUCAAGACCUGUGCUGUGGUCACCUCUGCUGGGGCCAUCCUUCGCUCACGAUUAGGCAAAGAGAUUGACGCUCAUGAUGCAGUUUUACGUUUCAAUGCUGCACCUACAGAAGGCUACGAGAGAGACGUGGGAAACAAAACCACUAUCCGCAUCAUCAACUCGCAGAUUUUGGCAAAUCCUAGGCAUCGGUUCAAUACGAGCUCUAUCUACAAGAAUAUAACUCUGGUGGCCUGGGACCCCGCACCUUAUGCUGUCAACUUACACAAGUGGUACACUAGUCCGGACUACAACCUGUUCGGUCCAUACAUGGAGCACCGCAAGCUGCAUCCUGACCAGCCCUUCUACAUCCUUCACCCUAGCUAUGUGUGGCAGCUCUGGGACGUGAUUCAGGGCAACACAGAGGAGGACAUCCAACCCAACCCCCCAUCAUCUGGCUUCAUAGGUAUCCUCCUGAUGAUGGCGCUGUGCGAGCAGGUGCACGUGUACGAGUACAUUCCCUCCAUGAGGCAGACGGACCUGUGCCACUACCACGAGGCCUACUAUGACGCUGCGUGCACACUGGGUGCCUACCAUCCUCUCCUCUAUGAGAAAAGCCUGAUCCAGCGAAUCAACAUGGGCCCCGUGAGUGACCUCGAGAGGAAAGGACGCGUCACUCUUCCAGGCUUCAGCACCGUGAACUGUGACAUCUGAUAUAUGAAGCCUGGCCUCAUGAGCCCGGACGUCACGCACACACUUCUGGCCUUUUCAGGCUGACCAUGGGAGAGGUGCAAUAAUGCCCCUAUGGACAAGGAGGUUGAAGCUUGCAAGUUUCAAAUAAAACCCAUGAAGAGCAUAAGCCAUAGCCCCCCAGGGAUGGAUAAACAUAGAGGUUUCUGAAAGACCUUGUCUUUAUUACGAUGGUAUACUUGACCAGAGGCUGGAAAUUAGAGUCUCCAGGGUGGAGCUGAAAAAAAUAAAAUAUAAUAUCAAAUUUCUCUCUGCUUUAGCUGAGCCACGUUAGCUGUGGAGCUGACUAGGGUAGCAACUGAUCUUGUUUUAGGUAGGCAAGUGAGUUUUUAAUAACUGGGUGUGUUUCCAGUGAUGUAAAAUCUGUGUUUCUCAGUACUAUGGAUGGUUUUCCACUUUAAGGAACUGUCACUCUUUAUAACGGCGAAUUGUAUAAUUAUUUUUUUUAUAUAUAUAUAUAUAUAUAUAUAUAUAUACUGGUCCAAAGGGUUGUGAAUAAACAAAUCAUCCAUGUUGAAUGUCAUAGGUACACAAACUCGACACAAAAGUACAUGCAGAAGAAUGCAAACUAAAAGAAAGAUGAGAGGAGCUGUCAAAGCUAUCACGUUACUGUACAUAUUCCUGCAAAAUCAUCAUAAUGAGGGGUUGAUUUCAUACUACUGAGCUUAUUACUGAAUUAUUGUUCUGUGCACGCUGACUGAUAACCACCAGUUUGUCACGUUUUGUUUGGGGGGGGCAUUUGUGUACUUAAAUCAGAGUAAACGGGGCCAAAACAGAACAAACAGGUACUCAGAACAGCCGUGACCCUGUGCCUAGCAGUCAGCUGAACACUUUCCUCGGGUUGCCUUGUGACUGUUCAGACACAUGCAGUACACACUCUAGCAGGACUGCAGUACCAAUCAGUUCGAUGUGUGGAGCAGUAGACUUUCCGAAGUGAUGAACAUCAGGGGAUCCUCCGCUCUGCCUCAGCAAUCACCAGCCCCUGUUUGUGACGGUCAGUUCACUCUCUAUUGAAUGUAAUUUUAACACUGCGUGUUGUGGCCAAACCCUUGCUGGAGCUCAUCUCUGUGGGGUUAUUUCUUUAUUGCGUAACAGCAUGAAGUGCAUUCCCUACAACUAUAAAUGUCUCAUAUUUUCUGAAUCCUCUGGUAUUAGUCUGUGCCUACCCGCAGCUCAGAGUAGAGACAAUUAUGAAAAAGGAAUUUGGACCUGUACUAACCUCGGAUUUACUUUGUCUCCAAGGUAGGGGGGAUUUUAUGUUUACAGAGUGCCGUGUCUUCAGCGAGCUCGAGGUAUUCGGUGUGUGGGAAUGAGAGCAUCUUUUUUUCUUUGUAACAGAUUGAUCUUGUGCCAUUCGUUGUGGUUUGUUGAAAGAUAUGAAAACACAAUAGAAAUGUUGCUUUAAAUAGAAUGAUGUCGCUCUUCAGUAGAAACACUAGAGCAUAGUAUCAUUUAGAUAAUAGCUGGUGUUAACAGGAGCUGGAUAAUAUCUGGAAUUUGUCAGUAUUUACCAAAGGACAUAAGCUUUUUUUAACCCCCUCCUGAAAAAAACAUUUACGACUUAGACAGCUAAAGACAUGAACAUGGAUCCUUAUUUUAACCAUGUUUAAGACCAGUUACUACCACUGGUGGGUUUUUUUUAAUUAAAGUAUUUAUGUACUGUAAAUUUUGAUAUUAUGCAUUUAUGUUUACCAGAUUUAAUAAUCAGAUGGCAAUUCAGUAAAUUACAUGGAUGACAAACGUACUGCUUCACAUAAAGGGAAAUCAAAAAAUCAAGAAUUUGCUCAUUCUCACAAGAGCUUUUUCUUGCACUCGUGUAGCUGACUCAGUUGAAGUUUUAUAAAAAUAUUUUGAAGUUUUGCUGUGGACACAUUUCUUUUCCAAACCCCCAUAAGUACUUGCUUUUUGUCCAGACAAGUCAUUUGACUUUUCAAUUAAUUAAAUUAGUAGCUGUAGCAGGUGUAUGACAAAUAUUUGGAUCAUUUUGCAAAAAUGUUAUGUAUUUUAUUUUUUUCAAAUCUCCCACUUUAAUUUUGAGUUGAUGCACAAUAUCCCCCUAAUUUCUAGUUAACAAUGUAACAUAAAAUCUUACGCCCACAUACCUAACAACUACACGUGAUUACUAUAUGGAGGACGUGAUCUUUCUCUUAGAGCUCCGAAGCUGACAGAGUUGGUGAAUAUCAACCGAGCACAAAUAAAUGAGGCGCCAGUGAUUGUUCUGUAGAAACAAGCAACAUUUCUUUGUGCGAUGCUACGAGUGUGUUCAUCUGUGCCUGCUAGAAAUCGAGUCUUAGUUGCUCCGUCCAGGUCGCCGUUUACACUCCGGAAGCACCGUUCACUGUUAUCUUUGUGUUAGCAUGUUUGCCUUUGCAGGUGCUUGUUGGGGUUUGAUUCCGUGUUUGCAGCAGUGGAUAUCGGUCUCUAGCCUGGCCACAGUUUGCCCUUCACCAUCACAUCCAUGUCCCUUUGUGCAAUAAUUUGGGAAAUCUGCGCACACCUCUACACUCUGCCGUUUUUGUUCCCACACAUGAGCACACGUGAAAAGGCAUUUUUGUCGUUUUUGUUGGGUUUUUCCCCCUAUUUGCUCAAAAAAAUGAAGAACGUUUGUAAUGUGAUUAACAACUUGUUGUUUUAUUUGUAAUGUUAUUACUGAAUUAGCUCAGUAAUGCCAAACAUUACAGCAAUAGUGACAAAUGUAAUGCGAUUGCAGUAACGCAUAACUUUGUACUCUGCAGUACACCCAAUCUUGACUGUAACAGAGAUUUUAAUGUAUAGAGGAGGUAGUUUAGAUGCUUAAUAAAGGACUUAUGAUUCAUUUUAAACAAUGCAGGUUUUUUCGCUCUGCUGUACGUCUUAUAAUUGCGAUAAACGAUAAAAUGUGCUUGUGAUUGUAGCACACUGAAGGUGUGAAAGCCCUGAACGUAUUGUACGUGUGCAUUGUAGUAACAGGUUACUUUCCAAUGCACAGAGCAUGCAAUUCAGGAGCAGGGCUAGGUCUUAAACUGUCUGUGCUGUACUGUGAUGCAAGUAGGCACCAUUGUCUUUAAUGUUGUGAAAGGCAUUCGUGCUUGCAAGGUUUUCUUUUACUGAAGUGAUGUUUUGCAGAUUUUAUUGCAUGCUUGUGGAUCACAUUCAUCUGCAGUGCGGCUAUCAGCCGCUCCAUGGAAGUGCUUGAUCAGGUGCAAUGCCUUCUGGCUACUUCAUCUUUGCAUCUUUAAUAUUGUGCCAAAUCCCAUCUUUAAUUGUGUUCCAGUUUGGGUGGGUUAUUCAUGGGAUGAGGACUCAGAGUAACAGUAGGACUUCUUAGGUGCUUCUUUCUGCAAAAGUCGAGCUUAACUGAAUUUUGUAUUCUUUUUAAGAUGGGACAUUGUAGUCAAACUUGACAUUAACGUUCUUUGGUUGUGAAGUAGUGAGUUGAAAAAUAUGUUUGAAGACAUGCGUGUAACAUUUACCACUUCGAGCCUCUUUCUGUCUGCUCUUUACUCUCGAGGCCUAUUUUUCAUGUCGAGUUUUUAACAAGUGUUGUGGGGAUUUCUGUACCACACUGCCUCUGAAGAAUUGUUUAACAUUUGUUCUUUCUAUAACUACCUUUUUGCAGUAUUCUUUAGAUGAGGAAGAGGAAAGGAGUGAGUAAUGAGAGUGAUUGUUCUGUUUCCCUUUUAAGAGCCUUAGGGCAUUGUUCUUGAUUUUUUUUUUAUUUCUCUUUGGUCAGUGAAAUCUCUUGAUAUUACACUUGAAUUGAUAUUUAAAUCAAGCAGUUCUAUGAUUUCAGCUGUUGUUUGUCUUUUUCUACUGUGUAAAUAAAGCUGUUGUACAUGUUCAAA